AGCGACGCGUCGUGGCACCUCCUUGGGUCGUGACGUAGGGGUCACGUGACGGGCAGGGCUGCCUGUGCUGCCGCCGCCGCUUUGUAAGAGGCACAUUGGCAGGUAACGAGUGGCGGCGGCGGCGGUUCCGGAUUCCAGCGAGGGGAGCAGCGGUAAUUGCCACCUUCUCCCCGGUUUUUUCUCUCGCGAGGUCCUGAGCACCGCAGUGUGAGCGCUCUAGACCCAGAUUUUCUAUUUUGUACACAUUGUAUAUGAUGACUUCAGUGAGCAAUGACCGUUGCCGAGGUGCUCGGGAGAAAACACAGAUUUCAGCAACACAGGCAGCACAACCACAGAAACAAGUGGUACAGCUGUACAGACCUCUUGAUACUUCUAGAGCUCAGCCUGGCCACAGCUGAACAGAUGCGUCUUGCUCAAGUGAUCUUUGAUAAGAAUGAUUCUGAUUUUGAAGCUAAAGUUAAACAGCUUAUGGAAGUGACAGGAAAAAAUCAGGAUGAAUGCAUAGUGGCCCUACAUGACUGUAACGGAGAUGUCAACAAAGCUAUUAAUAUAUUGCUGGAAGGGAAUUCAGACACAACUUCUUGGGAGACUGUAGGGGGGAAGAAAAAGAAUUUUGGAAAAGAAAGUUCAGAAAACAAAGAGAAUAGAGAGAAGAGAAGUGAGAGAGAAGCAAAUCGUGGACGUGGAAACAACCGGAAAGGAAGAGGAAGCAAUCGUGGCAAAGAAUUUAAAGGGGAAGAGAAUGGAAUUGAUUGUAAUCAAGAGGACAGAACUUCAGACCGGGGCAAGCGAGCACGUGUUCGAGGAUUUGGACGAGGCAGAGGAAGAGGAGCAGGAAGAUUCUCAGCCCAAAGCAUGGGGACAUUCAAUCCUGCAGACUAUUCAGAUUCUACAUCUACAGAUGGAUGUGGGACAAAACUAGUAGUUUGGGAAGCUGCUCAGAAUGGUGCAGGUGAAGAAUCUGAACUGGCAACUCAUGCUCACAACAUAACCCAAGAUUUGCCAAACAAAAGUUCUUAUGGACUCAAAGGUGCCUGGAAAAACUCUGUGGAGGAGUGGACAACAGAAGACUGGACUGAAGAUUCAUCUGUCCUUGGCUCAGGAUUUGGAGAGCUCACACCUUCAAAAUUGGCAAAUAUCACCAGUUCCCAGGUUUUGGACCCGAAAGCUCCAAGUUUGGGCCAGUUUACUGCCACCCCAAGUUCACAGCAGAAUAGUACAAGUUCCUCAACAACUACUACUUCUUGGGACCUGAAGCCCUCAGUAUCCCAACCUUCAGUCCUCAGUCACUUCGAUUUCAAAUCUCAGCCUGAGCCAUCCCCCAUUCUUAGCCAGUUGAGCCAACGACAGCAGCACCAGAGCCAAACAGCCAGUGUUCCUCCUCCUGGCUUGGAAUCCUUUCCUUCCCAGGCAAAACACCGAGAAUCAGUAUCUGGAGACAGUGCUUCCACUGUGAACAAACUUUUGCGGCUUCCUAACAUGGCUGUUGAAAAUAGCACUGUAUCUGCCCACCAACCACAACCCAAGCAUAUCAAACUCUCUAAGCGGCGAAUACCUCCAGCUUCUAAGAUUCCAGCUUCUGCAGUGGAAAUGCCUGGUGCAGCAGAUGUCACAGGAUUAAAUGUUCAGUUUGGGGCCCUGGAAUUUGGAUCAGAAUCCUCUCUCUCUGAGUUUGGAUCAGUUCCAUGCAGUGAAAAUAGUGAUCAGAAUCCCAUCAACUUGUAUUCGAAGGCUUUGAGUGAUCCUUUGAGUAACUCUCUACCACUGGGCAGUGGUGUACAGAACUCCACCUGUACAACUUCAGUCAUUACCUCCUCCAGUCUGAGCAGCUCAUCCCUGAGCUCCACCAGCCCUGUAACGACAUCUUCCUCUUAUGACCAGAGUUCUGUGCACAAUAGGAUCUCAUACCAAAGCUCUGUGAAUCCACCAGAAUCAGCUGCAGGAGCCCUCACGAAUGGACAUGGUGGUGGUCGAAGCCAGCAGACACUAGACACUACUUCAUCCGUUCCAGCUCCAAAGACGACAGACUCUCCCUCCACCCUCCCAUCUGUGGGCUCCCUGUCCAGUACCACCUCCUGCACUCCGCUUCUACCCUCUGUGUCCCAGCACACUGCUGCUUUGCCCUCCUUGUCCCAGCCCAGUGACUUGUGCAGCAGCCCCCUCUCUCAGCUUAGCAGUUCACUCUCCAGCCACCAGAGCAGCCUCUCCUCUGCACAUGCUGCAGUCUCCUCCAGCACGCCACACACACAUGCCAAUGUGGAGACCACCCCUUCCAUCCAGUCCGCGGCGACCUUCUCCACGGCAACACCCUCCUCCUCGAGUGCCCCUUUGUCAAGCAUCAGCCCACCUGGUAGCAUGAGCACAGUGAACACCCUCUGCCUGGGUGGGACCACUGUGAGCGCACCCAGCACCACUAUCAGAGCUGCACCCUUGGUGACCUCAGGCAAAGCACCCCCAAACCUGCCUCAAGGGGUACCUCCUCUGCUGCACAACCAGUACCUCGUGGGCCCUGGAGGACUGCUUCCUGCCUACCCGAUUUACGGCUAUGAUGAGCUCCAGAUGCUACAGUCACGGCUGCCUAUGGAUUACUACGGAAUUCCCUUUGCUGCACCCACAGCUCUUGCCAGCCGAGAUGGGAGCCUAGCUAAUAACCCGUAUUCAGGUGAUGUCACAAAGUUUGGCCGAGGUGAUUCUGCAUCCCCUGCGCCUCCCACCACACUAGCUCAGCCACAGCAGAGCCAGUCCCAGGCCCACCACACAGCCCAGCAGCCCUUUUUGAAUCCUGCACUGCCACCUGGCUACAGCUACACUGGUCUCCCCUAUUAUACCGGCGUACCCAGUGCCUUCCAAUAUGGGCCCACCAUGUUCGUCCCUCCCGCCUCAGCCAAGCAGCACGGUGUGAACCUCAGCACCCCCACCACACCUUUUCAGCAGGCCAGUGGCUAUGGCCAGCAAAGCUACAGCACAGGUUAUGAUGACCUGACCCAGGGGACAGCAGCAGGUGACUACACCAAGGGUGGCUAUGCUGGAUCAUCACAGGCACCAAACAAGUCUGCUGGUUCUGGGCCUAGCAAAGGAGCAUCAGUGUCUUCAGGUGCCACUGGCCUACCUGAUAUGACUGGUUCUGUCUACAGCAAGACACAGACUUUUGACAAGCAGGGAUUUCAUGCAGGGACACCUCCACCUUUCACCCUGCCCUCAGCCUUGGGCUCUGCUGGCCCCUUGGCCCCUGGAGCAGCUCCUGGUUAUGCACCCCCACCGUUCCUGCACAUCCUGCCAGCCCACCAGCAGCCCCAUUCACAGCUGCUACACCACCACCUUCCGCAGGAUGCCCCGAGUGGCUCAGGACAGCGCAGCCAGCCCAGCUCCCUGCAGCCCAAGUCUCAAGCCUCCAAACCCGCAUAUGGCAACUCUGCAUACUGGACAAACUAGACCACUGAGGGGAGGGGUGGGCUUGGGGCAGAGCUUACCCUGGGCAGGAGAAAACACAUGGAGCACAUUUCUGGGAGCCCAGUGCCCUUUCCUAGAUUCUUGAACCUCUGUGGGGAGCCUUCCUCCCAGACUCACUAUUGUAUGUAAUGUAUUUAUGUAUGUAUUUGUAAAUGUGAUAGAAGCCCAGGGCUGCAACUGGCAGCCAAGUCUGCUCUCCCCAUCCAGACUUUUCUCACUGUACCAAGCCAGCCUGCACCCCUUCUGCCUUUGGGUCUUUCAUAUGGUCUCCUGUCUGGUGGCACUGAAGGACUGGCUCAAGGGAGUUUGGGCUUUGGGGUAAGGUACCAAUGAAUCACAACUUAUCUCAGUCCCUUUGUAAACCAUAAUUUGAGUUUCUUUCCUUUGUAACUACUUUAUACCUGUUUUUGAGAAACUGGUCCUUUUGUUAAUUGUCAUGGUCCCCCUUCCACCAAAUCUUGAUCUGGGAAUAGCAGAGAUGAUUACCUGCCAAACAUGAAUCUAGGGUCAUGUUUGACCUUACAGAGCCAGGGCUUCUGCAUCUGGUCUUGUCCCUAGAGGUUGCCAUCCUUUAGCCAACCAUUUGAAACAAUCAGAACUAGGUCUCAGAAAAAUUAAGCCAAUUGGCUCCCCUUUAAAAAUCAAAGAUCUGCUGCUACUUCAGUGCAAGCCCAUCUACAAGCAAAAAGGGUCCUCUGUUCCAGUUGUCCUGAACUGGGUGGGCAACUGUUCCAGGGCCUUUCUCUUGCCCAAACUCCACCUAAUAAAAAGUUCUGAGAGCAUG